AAUUACAGUCAGUCAGGCAGAAACAGCAGCGCGCUUAGCGAGAUAACUUUAUUGCCGAUUUUAUGAUUCGGAGUGUACAGUUGUAUCAGUUGUAUCGUUAGUUGGCAAUGGCAGAAGACGAAGACAUCUUCCUAAGAGCACAUCAACGGAGUUAUAAGGAUUUAACGGAAGAUAAAGAGAAAGAAUGGAAGGGGCCAUUCUACUUCAUCCAGGCAGCGGACCCUCAGCUGGGCCUCAUGAAGGCCUGGAGUGUGGGGGACUGUGAUGGAGGAGGAGAUGAAUGGUCUGAGGAGGUCCGGCUCACCAAGCAGGCUGUCCAGGCCAUCAAUAAACUGCAGCCACGGCCCCGCUUCAUUGCUUUGUGUGGGGAUUUGGUCCAUGCAAUGCCAGGUUCCCCUUUCAGAGAAGAGCAGGAGAGGGACCUGAAGGAGGUUCUUCGAGAAACUGAUCCCAACAUACCCCUCAUUUUUGUCAGUGGCAACCACGACCUGAGUAACACACCUACGCCAGAGACAGUGGAGCAGUACUGCCAUUGUUGGGGUGAUGAUUACUUCAGUUACUGGGUGGGUGGGGUACUGUUCCUAGUGCUGAAUUCUCAGUUUUUCUUCGAUGCGUCCUGCUGCCCUCAUCUGGAACAGGCUCAUGAAGCCUGGCUGGAGCAGCAGCUACAGAGUGCAGCCCAGAGUUCAGCACACCAUGUCCUCAUCCUCCAGCACAUCCCCCUCUAUCUGCACACGCCCAACGAGGAGGACAACUACUUCAACCUGCAAAGAGACAAGAGAGAGAGUCUGAUCCACAGAUUCCGCCAAGCAGGUGUGAAAGCCGUGUUCUCUGGGCACUACCACCGCAAUGCAGGGGGGUGCCAUGAUGGCCUGGACAUGGUGGUGACCUCAGCUAUUGGCUGCCAGUUGGGUGAGGACACACAUGGAGUCAGAGUGGUGGUGGUGACCGCUGAUGAGAUCAUCCAUGGCUACCACAGUCUGGACCAAUUAAGCAAUAAAGGAGUGGAUGAAGAUCUUAAGAAACUCCUGGCUUGAACUUAAUUCUAGUUAUAGACAUCCCUGAACUGAUAUCAGUUUUGCUGGUCCACAUGUAAUAGUUAUGGUCAGUUGGGGCCAUGGAGAAACUGGUUCUAGAUCAGUGGUACACAAGUUCCAACACUUGGGCGCCAAAAUGCUCAUUGUGCCUGGAAAUGUAUUCAUUUUGUAUUUAAUUAACUUUUAUAAAAAUGAUCAAAGAUUUGGCUGAAAUUACAAAUAAAAAGAAAAUAUGGGACACGAAACUAGAGGAGCAUUGAAAUUUCAGCCACACCAAACUUUCAAAAGUAUCACUUUCUAUUUUUAUACAAAAGAAAAAAAAAUUGAUUAAAAAAGAUUAUGAAAAAGUGAUUUAAAACACUGUUUCCUUCACUCUCAUGCAUCAGUUAGUGCAAACGAUUUCAAACAGUUUGAGCAGCAGCAGAUGAACAGUUGGCCAUGUGGAACUAUGAGUUUGUUUAUAUGCACUUAAUUAUCUGAUAAUGGCAAAAAAUCAGAUUUUGUCAGUAAUUUGUUCAGCGUGUUUUCUGAUUGCCCAAAUGCAUGUAAUGGGAAAACUCCAGGUCUACAUGAGUGAGGCAAUAAUUGCAUUUCUGCUUUGCAACCCGCCAAUAGACUCAAUUUUCAAAUUUCAUCAAGCAUGUAGUUAGUUUCAGUAUCGCUCCAAAAGUGUUUUGUUACCAUCUUGUGGGUGCUGUAUUUAACGCUGCUUGCUGUUUCUGGGACAGCGUUCUGUUUCCCACAUGUGCAAAGAAAUCAGAGUAAGCGUAUACAUGUAAAGAAAAAGCCAGUUACUGAGCUAACAUCCAGGUCUCUAAAUUGGAUUUCUAGAAAUUCAAUCACAACCUUAAUCCGAUCUAAGAAAUCAGAGUGUGCUGCUUACAUGACCACUUGCAUAAUCAGGUCAUCAUCAACUGCUGAACUUUGAUAAUGAUCGUAUUAUUGGUGUGCCUGUAAACGCACUCUUGUAAUCACUGUUCAUGCCAAGUAUCUAGGGAGGAUAUGACGCUCAAGAACUUCUCCACUACGGAUUUAAUGCCAAUUAAAAAUGGAACAUCUUGCUCAUUUUGCAGUUUAUAGCAAAAUGGCAGAAACAGAAAAACAGAAAUAUUUUUAUUUAUUGUCAGCUCAGUCCUAUUGAAUUUUAUCAAAUUAUAAAAUUGUAUUUUCUGUAUUACCUUGUAGUUUUUUUCAUUUUAUUAAAAAAGCAUCAAUUUAAAAGGCAAAUUGUGGUUCAUUUUUUGUCUGAGAGCGUCUUAAAUUUCAGUUUUGGCCAGGAAUUUUCAUAUCGGUGCAUCACUAACCAUUACUUAAUUGAAUUUACCAUGACAAGGUAAGGAGUGCGUCGAGGCUCAAGCUUUAGCAUUAACUAGAAAGUACUCUUUAAGUUAGCCUAAUUAGUUAUGGCCUUCUUCCAGGUCGUACCUGCAAAGAGUUGGUGUGGCUGCAGGUUUUCAUUCCAUCAAAGCAGGUGCACAUACGUUUAGUUGUUUGAAGACUGAGCAGUUGAUUAAACUAGCAAAAUCAGGUGUGCUUCUGUUUGUUUGGAAUGAAAACCUGCAGCAACACUGGCCCUUGACGGAUAUGACUGGGCACCCUGCCUUAACCAAUACUUGGUAGUGUUGAAGCAAUAUGCAAUUAAACAAAAUGAAAUUUUAUUUUGUGCCCUAAUUUUCUGCUCUGCAUCCGAUUAAAAAUAUGUAGACCAUAAACAGAUAGCAACAUAAACUUAUAAAGGGCUUUUAUAUUUCAAAAUGUCUGGUAAACACUAAUGACAGACCACUUCAAACAUUCCAAAUAUGAUAUUAGAUAAAUCUGUUACAGGCAACUAAACACAGUAUCAAUUGAUGAUUAAAAAGCAUACCAUAUGAAGAUAAGGGUUGAAGCUGUAAAACUCAUACAAAAAAUAAAACGUGGGCCACAGAAAUCGCUUGAAAAGAACAGCACGUCUUGCUUGAAGAGGCAACUCACCUGAACAAAAGUGUCAGUGUUCAAGGUGGCAGAAUAAUAAGCCUCCCUACAGUGCACAGACAUCUGACUGCCAAGGCUCUUAAAGGGCACUGUCUUGAGGUGCCAUCAGUGAGCUGUUUCCAUUAUGCAUUCCCAGCUCUUUAGUUGCAGUUAUGUGUUUUGGUUAUGUCAGUAUUAGCUUUUUCCUGUCAGAAAUGAGAGGUCUCUGAGUGCAAUUUAAAUAAAUACAACACUAUCUUUCUUUUGAUCUUUGAUACCUUAAUCAAGAGUCUUGAUGCUUCAGUCAUGCAAAUUCACCUCAGAAGCCCUUAAUCCCUUUAAGUCCACAUCACCUUAUCAUGCUAAUAAGCAAGUGGAAAAGAAAAUGGCUAGUUUAACAGCACGGAGCCUUCAAGCUGGUGCUUUGGUGAUUUCAUUCCCUGCUUCCGUGCCCAUUACACUCUCCUAGCUCUGUGAGGUGAGAAGAGGCGAUCUCCAUGGAAACCUUUGAAAGACAUUGCCGUUAUGACUAGGACUUAUACUUGUUCUGUCCGUGGAUCAUCACAAACAUUAUUGCUGACCUCCACCUUACACUCGUGGCUUUGUUUAUCGAGGUCAGAGAUCUACUUUGAUGACUUGAUGCAAGGAAGGUUUUUCUUUUUAAAAGAACCUGUGUAUAUAUCCAGAGAUCUCAUACUCGUGUAGGUCCAUCCGUCUUUUUUGUGAUCAAAUGUUUUAUUUUCAAGACAAAGCCCCAAAAUAUUAAUAUCAAAUACAGUUGGCAAAAAAACAAGUAGCAAAACGGAGCACCUAACCCCCAACCAUCCCCCGCUCACAUCAAUUUAACACUGAUCAGUGGAAGGAAGGGCAAAACCUUAGGUAAAUAUAUAAAGUAAUAAUACAAAACAAACAAGUACAGUACAUAAACAUAUUACCAGCUGUAAUAGUACAAUAAUGCUGCUAGAAAUAAAGCAGGUUUCACAAAUCCAUCAAUCUGUUAAAUAUAGUUCAGCAUCAAAUACUGAAGGAAACGAGUACUGAGAAGUGGUCAAGAGCCGUAUGUGCUUUCCUCCUUAAAGAGGAAUUCCACCAAUUUUUAAAAAUGUCUGCGUAAUAAAAUGUAAGAUGUAAACAAAGUAAUUCAGAGUGGUUUGACGUGAAAUGUUCUAUUCUAGAGAAAUGUGCCAGGUUAGAAUUGGAUGAAGAUGGUAAUAGAAACCAGGGGCCAUAUUACAGAAAAUUCUUAAGUCUGAGAUCUGCUUUGUUUGUCAUGGCAACUUAAGUUAAGACUGAAGUUAGGACAGAAGCCAUUACAGAACAACAGUUCUUAAGUCUAUGAUCUUUUUUCCAGAUAAGAAAACGGUAUUAAUUUUAAGAACUCAGACGCUGCAGACACGAUCUCCACCGCUCCCUCUUAUUACCUUCGUGUGUCGAUGAAAACUCGUCAGACAAAAUAUUUCAGUGAUGGUGGUGAAUAAUGAGGAGACAGGGCUGAACUUGUGUCUGUUUAUUAGGAGGAAUAACGUUAGCGCGCUCGGCUGAAGUAUUUGGAAUUGAAACUGAAACUGGACACGACGACGCUCCGAUAAAUAGCACGAAGCGCUGCCAUAAAAUCUUUAACUUGCAGUUUAUCGCGCUUUGGUUUUAUUUGAGCUUGUUUACCUCAGUAACGGUAGCUAACGUUAGCUGUCUGACUAACUGAUUACGUGUUUACGUUUCAGCUGUGCGCGGAUGGUCGGUUGCUAGGCAACAGACACGACAGUUGAUUGUCGAC